GACCUCCCAGAUGAUUAAAUGGUUCAGUAACUUCAGAGAGUUCUUCUACAUCCAGAUGGAGCGCUUCGCACGCCAGGCUGUCCGAGAGGCCCUCACCCGGGACGGUGCGCCUCGUCUGGGCCGAGAGAGUCAGCUGCGAGUGGGCCGCGACACGGAGCUCUACCGCAUACUGAACAUGCACUACAACAAGAGCAACAUCUACCAGGUUCCAGAGAGGUUCAUCGAGGUGUCCGAGGUGGCUCUGAGAGAGUUCUACUCCGCCAUCUGGACCGGGAGGGACAGCGACCCCUGCUGGAAGAAAGGCAUCUACAAAAUCAUCUGCAAACUGGACAGUCCUCUCCCGGAUGCGUUCCGGCUGCCCGGCUGUCCGGUCGGCUGAACGGCUCACACACAAAAAAAAAAUGCAUGCGAUUUUACUAAAAACAACAAAAAAACAAAACAGAAGGGAGAUUUAUCAAAGCAUUCAUCAACUGUGAGAACUGCUACGAGGUUCGCUUCUACAACCCCAUUCACAUCCGAGAGAGAAAAAAUAAAACUCCUCCUGGCAUACUGUGCAGAGGAAGACACAUAACAUACAUGCUUAAACCGACACGCACUGGCGCUCCGUCAUGGGAGUCCUGUGACCGGAACAUUGAAUUGCAAAACAUUCCUCGGCAGUCAGUUGACUUGUGCUUUUUACAGGUUGAAAAUAACGAGGUGCUGCAGCUACAGAGACUGUUUCUUUUUUUUUUGUUAACGACGUCACGGGAGUAUGCAUAGCUGCCGCCGCGUGGUUGUUGCAUUUUGCAGAUGAAAAAAAAUAUAUGCAUUCCCUGACAAUCCCACCCUGUAAAUUCCACCACAUAAACGCUACUCUAUGCAUCCGCUCAGUGAUUUAGAUGUGCUGCCGGGCGCUCGCCGUGUAAAUGUUUCCAAGACAAAGCCUGAGUGCACACCGAGUUUGCGAGGUCGCCCUUCGUCGCCUCCGAGCAAAAGAGCAGAAAAAAAAUUCCAGCUUCCAACAUUUUUUUUUUUUUUGGAAAAAGAUAAUCUUGCACAAACAACACAAUGACACCCAAACAUUUCAGUGCUGCUCCGGUGUUCAUUGUCACACAUUCAAUAUGAUUGUUUGCUCGAUAUUACCUUUUAUCGUUGCCUUGUGUGUGUGUGUGUGUGUGUGUGUGUGGGCUUCGGGAUGCUUUUUUUUUUUUCUUUUUUAAAAAAUUUCCUCCAACAUCCAAUCAGAUUUUUUGCAACCAGGCUAGAAAAUCUUGAACAAAAACAAUCGUCCGUAGUGUAUUUGUAAGAUUUCUGGUCACGUAUUUUCCAACCAGUGGGGUUCUUUUUUGCUCGUAUAUCCAUCUCUCUGUUCGGUAUUAAAUUAUUCUAGAGCUUUUUGUACAUGACGGCACAAUGUAAUCAGAGUGUAACUACGGUUCUGUCAAGCGGGGCGGUAUAUUGAAUUUAAAUGUUUUGUUGUUGACGUACUCUUAUUGUUGAAAUGUUUUCUUUUUUAAACGUGAACUAAAUAGGCCACAUUUGUUUCCUCCAAAGAGGAAGCUUUCCACUCGAUCUGCUGUAUAUCAUCACCCUGAAGAAGAAGAAGAAGAAGAAGUUUCUGCUCAUGAAAAUGUUGGUCGACGUGUUUUUUGAAGUGCAUGUUUCCUAGAUUUGCUUUUUCUUUUUUUGCCUCUUUUAUUUCAUCUUUUCUAUUGUACAUAUUCUUCUCUGUAGAUCUGUGCCUCAUUUACAACUUUGGUGAAUUUUGAUGUUUAAACUUAUCAGCGAAUUAAAGUGAUGCCCAGGCUUG